AAGCACCGUGGCUGAAAAGUUCGGUUAAAAAAAAUGGAAAAACUAACUGUCUCUCCAACUUUAUCCGUGUAUCCGCUGGCAAGAUAAGGAACGAAAGCGAUGGACCCGCUUGUUUUCUCCCUGGAUCGAUUUUCUCUCUGACAAUGGUGUUGGGGGAAGGUAAAAUCCCGAUUUUCUCGGAGUUCCAUUGAAAGUAAAAUUUUUACUCAUGGAGAAAGGAGCGAGAAGAAGUCGGGAGUCAUGAGCACAGGUGUGAAGAAGCCUCCAUUAGCUCCUAAACCAAAGCUCCCCGUUCCAUCCAAACCACCCAUCGCCCCAAAACCAUGUCCUCUCUCCCAGUCCUCGUCGCUCUCCCAACCUUCUCCUUCUGCCCUUAAGAGGCCAAAGCCAGCUGUCGCUCCUAAACCCUGCCUGCGCAGAUCCACGGCCUCUUCUUCACCGCCUGUUUCGGCCCCGCCGCCAAAACCAGCCAAACCCCUCAGUCUCUCACAGGAGGAAACUUUGGAUGAGAACCUCUUUCAUCUCAACUCCAAGAAUGGGAUUUUAUCUGAGACGGGCAGACAUGAGUCUAAUUAUAUCAUUUCCACCUGCUCGUGCUCUGGUGGGGAGUUUUCAAAGUGUCAUGCCCAGGAAAAUGGUGACACGACUGAGUCUGCAGCAGAUUUUCACAAAGAGCUGCUGCAGAAUGGGGUUUCCACUGACAAAAACACACAAGAAGAAGAGGAGAACCAGAAGAAAGCACCAACUGUUUAUAAGGGUGCAGGGAUUAGCAAAAAGCCAAGGGAUAAACCUCAACGACAGAGACACCUUGAUAGGGGAUUAGUUAAUAAAGAGGCAGAGAGGACUGAGGAGCAGAGGGAGAGAAAAGGUGAGGAAAGUGUGGUUUCAGGGCUAAACGGUUCAGACGUGCUGACUGAGGCCCAAACGACAGGCUUAACAGAGCGUAUGUCAGCCUGUGAUGUUGCAGGCAACAUCCUGACAAGUAUCACUCCACCUGAGUCUUCUCAAAGUCAGCCUGAAGUAGAAGACAGCGAAUCCGUCAGCCAGACAUUUCCAAUCUGUUCCCAACCCGAUCUGCAAGUCCCUGCUGCUCCCAGUAAGCCUCUCCCAGUCCCUCACCCACGGAAGUUCAAAAAGCCAGUCCUGGUGAGGCAGGAUGGUGUGGAGGGUGGUGCUCAGGAUCAGGUGGUGCUAACGGAGGAACAGAAAAAUGAGCCUGAGCUGCAGCAAGCUGAGGACAAACUGAGUCUAGCUCGUCUGUCUCCCAGUACAGAGAAUGAGGAGUUCCAGCAGGACGACUCUGAAACUCGGAGAGACUCGUGUUUGGUAGAUUCAGAGACAGACGUUCCCGUUCCGCCUCUACGACAAACCUCCCUCUCUCCAAGCCUGCACAGAACUGCCCGCUGUUUGCUCAGCAAAAACACCUCCCACUCCUUAGACCUGCUCUCCCACCCUGACUCAGAGGGUCACAGUAAUGAGGCUCAGCAGGUGGAGGAGGAUGAGGAGGACGGGUACGGCGACUUUGAGCGGUACCCAAUCUCCCACAGCCUCCCUAAGCAGAUGAAACUGGGCUGUCACCCUCCGCUGGCCAACAGCCGGAAAGCCAUUUCUGCCGAGGAUCAGCGAUCACCGAGGGCUCCGCCGAGGAAACCUCAGAGACACAGCCUGCCAGCACCGUCGCUGUCCUCCAUCUGUCCUCCUGCGCCUCCUCAUGCAAGCACCCCUAUGAGAGAGCUGCCCCCACCUCCUCAGGAGAAAACUGCCUGGCGCUUCUCACGACCCUGCGUCACGUUUUUCAACCGUCGGAUUCCCACCAGGAGCAGCGUGCCGCUCAAAACCCGAGUGCCAGCGCUAGGGGGCAAGCAGAGGGCGCAGUCCUUCUCUGCAGCUGACCUGGCGACCCGGGCCAGCUGCUCCCAAAAGAGGAGCCUCUCUUUCCGCAAGCUGCUGGAGCUCCGACUGUCUGUGAAGAUGCUGCCAAAGCUGCUGGCCAAAGGGGGGCAAUCCCUGGACUGCACCAGCUUGGAGUCCAGUGGCGGGGACAAAAGCCUGGAGCGGCCUAGCAGCUGCAUUGAGGACACGGAUAUUCACAGGGAAGAUGUGGAGUAUGAGAACGUGCCGCUGUACGAGGAGAUCCCGGAGUAUAUGAACCUGCCAUUCCACAGCGCGAGGCCAGGCUGGCCACAUGACCCCGAGGGAGGCGAUGCAGACAUCUACGAGGUGCAGGACCCCUUUCACAGAUGCAGCGAGCACGACUACGAGAGCGACUGGCUGAAGGACGAUGUCCACUCUGAGGAGGAGGAGAUGCACAGUUCAGACGAAGAGGACAACAGCUCCACCUCCAGCAAGGAGCACCUGGACGAGGCAGACAGACAGCAGGAGGAUGAGAUCAAGAGGAAGAAGGUGGUGCACAUUGCCCAGGAAAUCAUGAGCUCAGAGAAAGUGUUUGUGGACGUCCUAAAGCUUCUACACAUAGACUUUCGGGAUGCUGUUGCCAAGGCAACGCGUCAGAACGGGAAGCCGGUAGUGGACGAGCGGAUCCUCAGUCAGAUUCUGUACUACCUGCCGCAGCUGUACCAACUAAACAAAGACCUGCUGAGAGAGCUGGAGGAGAGGGUGGCACACUGGAGCGACCAUCAGAGAUUGUCGGACAUUUUUGUCCAGAAAGGUCCGUAUCUAAAGAUGUAUUCCACCUACAUCCGCCAGUUUGACAACAACGUGGCUCUGUUGGACGAGCAGUGCAGGAAGAAUCCUGCAUUUGCAGCCGUCGUCCGAGAAUUUGAGAUGAGUCCGCGAUGUGCCAGCCUGGCUCUGAAACACUACCUUCUGAAACCAGUGCAGAGGAUCCCUCAGUACCAGCUGCUGCUCACAGAUUAUCUGAAAAACCUCCCUGAGGACUCUGAGGACUAUAAAGACACACAAACUGCACUCAGCGUUGUAAAGGAAGUAGCCAAUCAUGCUAAUGACAUCAUGAAACAAGGGGACAACUUUCAGAAGCUGAUGCAGAUUCAGUACAGUCUCAACGGCCAGCAUGAGAUCGUUCAGCCAGGCAGGGUGUUUCUGAAGGAGGGGACUCUGAUGAAGCUGUCCAGGAAAGUCAUGCAGCCACGAAUGUUUUUUCUGUUUAAUGAUGCACUCAUGUACACCACUCCGGUCCAGUCUGCCCAGUAUAAACUCAACAGUGUUCUAUCACUGGCUGGAAUGAAGGUGAGUAAGCCCAGCCAGGAGGCAUAUCAGAACGAGCUGAACAUCGAAAGUGUUGAGCGCUCCUUUAUCCUGUCUGCGAGCUCGGCUAAAGAGAGAGACGAGUGGCUGGAGGCCAUCGGCAAGGCCAUUGAAGACUACACGAAGAAGAAAAUAACUUUCAUAUCGAGCCGAAGUCAGGAAGAGGCAGAGGGUGUCAUUGACAGUGGUGCCCCUUUAGGUUCGAAAGCUCCCAUAUGGAUCCCAGACCUCAGGGCCACCAUGUGCAUGAUCUGCACCUGCGAGUUCACCCUCACAUGGAGGAGGCAUCACUGCCGGGCCUGUGGAAAGGUGGUUUGUCAGGCCUGCUCCACCAAUAAGUACUACCUGGAGUACUUGAAGAACCAACCAGCUCGCGUGUGCGACCACUGCUUCGCCAAGCUUCAGGAAAACACCAUUCUAGGUGACCGCUGUGCUUCAUCAUCAACAUCUCCGAUUAAAUCUGGAGCGUUUUCCUUCACUAGAAAACAGAAGAAGAUUCCUGCUGCACUAAAGGAGGUGUCCGCCAACACAGAAAACUCCUCCAUGAGCGGCUACUUACACAGGUCCAAAGGCAACAAGAAGCACUGGAAGAGGCUGUGGUUCGUCAUAAAGAAUAAAGUUCUGUACACCUAUGCUGCUAGCGAGGACGUGGCGGCGCUGGAGAGCCAACCCUUGCUGGGAUUCUUCCUGAGGGAGGAGAAGAACGGGCCGGCUCAGAAGCUGCAGUUCAAGCUGUACCACAAAAACACGCUGUUCUACAUCUUCAAGGCAGACGACAUUCCUACAGCACAGAGAUGGAUCGAAGCCUUCCAAGAGGCAAUGAUUCUGGAGCAGUAGUCCCUCCUAUUGCCAGCUGAUACACAUCGAGUGAUCAGCUCUAGAAGGAGCUCCCAUCGGACGGAUCAUGAACUGCACACAAAAACAUUUUAGGCAAACAACAGCUUUGCAAUGUGGACUCAGGUUGGGGUUCAGAGCGGGUCGCAGACGUGGGUUAACAGUCAAGUCCAGAAGCACGUGUGAGGAAGUACGACCAAACUGUGCAAAGGCUCUUCAAAGCCCUCGCAAAUCUUCAGAAGUCUAAAGUCUGGGAAUUGUAUUUAAAAAGCUUUGAGAUGAAGGAAUCACUUCUGUGUGAAGCAACAUACACUCACUGACAAAAAGAAAGCUGAGCACCCAGAUGGUGAAUGUUAAAUUAAAGCAAUGUCGUCCAGCUGUACUGAAAUAAUGAGACCACAUAGAAAACGGAGCUCAAUGAUGGUUCUGGCACUCCAUUGGACAUUGGUAUGAGAGGACAUAGAGCUGUGGGAUACUUGGAAACUGCAGAUGCCCAUCACAGUAAGUAUUAAAAAGGCUACAAACUGACUCAGGACUCACACAGAUGAAAGGUAUGUAAAAUCGACAUAAAAGAACAGGAGAAAACAUAUAAAAAUACUAUUAAUGUUAAAAUAGAAGACGUCAUUCUCAGGCCUCAUUGCUCUCAGUCCUUUUUCUCUCCUGUCGUACACCUAAAACAAGUUUCAACUUAACCUAUUAUAUUUAUAUCUAAUUAGAAACCGUUUAUGGACAGGAAGUGAGGUUGGAAAGGCCCUAUUGGUAUAUGUGCCAACUUGAAAGGGGUUGCAGAUUGUGUGGACGUGUUGAGAGUCUGCAGCUGUGUUAUUAUUGAAAAAUUCUCCCAAAAUAAUUAGUCUGUGUUUUCUAUCCACUAUAAAUGCCAUCUCAAUAAAUCAGAAUACAAUGGAAAGGCUCGUUUAUUUCAGUAAUUCAUUUCAAGAGUGAAACUUAAUUACAUAGUCAUAAAAUUUCAAUGUUCCAUUCUGUAAAUGUUUACAGUUAAAGCAAAUGAAAACCCAAAAGUCCAGCCCAAGUUCUCUCAGAUAAUCAGAAUCUUGCAUUUGACCAAUAAAAAAGUGUUUCCUAUACAAACAUUCUGACCAUGUUACGGUAAGAUGCCCAGCAGACAUUCAUUGGCACCCUUUAAAAGAAGAGUAAACACCAAAAGGUUAUUGCUAAAGAAGCUGGCUAUUUACAGAGUCUUGUAUCCAUUGAUGGAAAGUUGAGUGGAAGGAAAAAGUGUAAUAAAAAAAAGGUAAAUAAGCAAAAGGAUUGUGAGGCAAAGUUUAUACUAGAGUUUGGGGGAGAUUCACAAGACGUGCGCUGCAGCUGGAGUCAGUGCUUUAAAAGAUGUAUGCAGGACAAAGGCUCCAACUGUCACAUGUUAUGCUAUAAGGCACUACUGUACCAGAGAUAAUGUCAGAAAAGGCUUACCUGGGCAAAGGAGAAAAAUAACCAGGCUGUUGCUUAGCAGUUCAGAUGUUUCUUUUCAGAUGAAAGGAAUGUAGGCAGUGAUAAUACUGGGAGACAUGUCAUCUGCUGGUUCUGGUCCACUGUGUUUUAUCAAGUCAGUGCAGCUGUCUACCAGGACAUUUUAGAGCACUUCAUGUUCUGUCUCCUCACAAGACUCAUGGAGAUGAUUUUAUUUACCAACAGGACCUGGUACCUGCCCACACUGCCAAAGGUACCAACACCUGCUGUAAUAGCCAUGGUACCACUGUAUUGAUUGGCCAGCAAACUGGCCUAACUUGACCCACAUCUCAAAAAUCUUAACAAAAAGCCCCUUUGCAUGUAGAUGGAAUGUGCAAACAAAGCAGAAAGUUUCUGUUUUUCUACAUAUCCACCGACAGUCACUUUGAGCAUCCAGAGACCUGGUUGAUUUUGGAAAUAACCUGUUCAGCCCUCUGUACCGUUUUCCUGAAGGCAGAAAUUUGAGGAAGUGGUGACUUGGAUAAAAAGUUUGGGUGUUUGCACUGUGCUCAAAUAAAGGAAAAUGCAAGCCAUUAUGUUUUCGGUUGAUCAUCGGAUGCUCAGGCAACUGCCUGCUAACAUAUCAAUCCAUUUAUGGUGCUGCCUGCCCUCUGGUGGCCGUUCGAGACGCAGCAGCUUCUUGCAAACUGAAUCAUUUACACGCCCACCCAAAUUAUGUCCAAAUACACAUCUGGGUGCUACUCUAUUGUUAUUGUGUUGUUGUUUUACUUUGUCAGUUUGUGUAAGAAAAACCCAUUGCCUGCAGAGUAGUUAAAAAAAGCAGUUUUGCCUGAAUAAUCUAUGCAGAAUUUAAGGAACAAGUUGGGAUUUUACUGUGAAAAUCCAGCUUUAACACAAAGCUUUUAUGUUCAUCUUAGUGCUUAACAUAGUUUAGCACAAACACAAACAUUUUAUAAUCCUGGUGAUCAAACAGCAUCCUGGAUAAAACUGGAAAUAUCACAUUGUUUAUGUAGAUAUUUUUCCAAAUGUGUUUAUUUUUUUUAUUUGUUUUGCCUGUUUAUCUAAACCAGAAUGUUUAAAAGUUUUGCUGACCUUCUUCUUUUUUUGUUUUAAAAGCCAAGAGCUAAUAUUUAUAAACUAGGAACAUUUAUUGUCUGAAAAGCGCAGGCUGCCACUUAUUUUCAGAUUCAGAGUUUUUUAGAAAAGGAUCAAAAUCCUUAUUUUUGGUUCUAUAUUUGCACGUAAACACUGUGGGAAGAAUACAUGAAUUGUGUUUCUUUUAAGUGAAUGCUUAGAUGCAAAGAUUUUUAGAAGUGAGUAGUCUUAUUUUACAGACACUUUGGCUUUCAUUUCCCCUGCUGUUAAAAUAAAAAUGAAUUGUUUUUCAGAUUCAUUUGGCAUCCGUUUUUUUGUUUGGCAUGUCUCUUGCCAGGUCACCAACCAUUUCUAGUUUAAAAACAACAAUUUAUCACUUUUUUUUACAACAGAUUUCUGAUGACAAAUCUUUUUAUUUUGGUCAAAAUUUAUCUUUAGGUCUUUUUGGCUUGUGUUGUGUCAAUGAAAUGUGGUUGUUUAGUUAAAAAUGAAUAAAUCUGCUGCAGCCUGUUGUGAGAAUCAAGUUCUAAGGCGUUCCUCUGUGACUGUACUUUAACAUUUUGUAAACAGUUUGUCUCUUAUAAACAGCAUUUCUAAACUGUCAGGCAACAGUUUUUAAUAAAGUGUGUAUAAAAAUA